CAGGCCUUCAUCAGAAAUACAGGGUGGAAUCUCAUUGGACCCAUAACAAAGUGCAUGCUCACUAAUGAACCUGUUGGUGACAAAGAGAAAACCUGUUUACAGAUGAUUAAUGACCUGAUACAGUUGUGCAAUCCAAAGGAGAUCUUGCUGGGAAUUCUUGAACAGGUUGAUGAAGCAACAGGAGAUCUUAUAUCUCAAAUUAUUUUGGCACUGCUUCAGCCUCUGCAGACAGUUCUCCUGAAGCUUGGAAACAAGAAAUCAUACUCUGUGGGUCUAUCAUUGUCCACUGUCCAUUCUCGGAUAUCCUAUCUGCCAGUACCAUACACUGUGGAGCAGAUUAAAGAAGACAAGCAUUCCCUUUGCCAGUGCUGUCUUGCCUUACUUCAGUUUAUACAGCCAUUUGUUGACCUUGUAUCACAGACCACAGACGUUACCAAGGAGCAAGAUCUUCAAGAGAUGAGGAGGGAGCUCCUGACAUUCUGUUUUAGUUGCUUGAAGUUUCCCCUCCUUACUGCUCAGCUCAAAUUGGGAGAAGAUGAACUAAAGGACAAUCCGUUCUGCUUAUUUGCUGAAGGCAUCAUGGGUUUUCUUGUAGCAUUGGGUGAACCCCUACCCAAGGCAUUUAUGCAGAACGUUCACAAAGCUGAAAGCCUGGAGAAUGACAAUACUGUACCUCAGAAGGAGAUGUAUACGGCUGAGGCUGUAGCCUGCCUCUCUUACCUCUUGUUUGUUCAUCAUUUUGGCAUGGACGCUUUUCCAUUUGUAUUUGGGCCAUCAUUUGUGCUGAAGUCUAACAUGGAACAUAUUGAUGUGCUGUUAAAAAGGACUGAAGAAUCUGUAUUGUCCAAGGGGCUUGAGUUGCUGGAGCACAGUCUACUAAGAGUUGAUAAUGAAAGUCUCCAUGAAGAGUUGUUAGACAUUAAAGCCAUUGGACAAGUUUUACAGGAUUUGGUGAAGGUGAUGACACUGUGUCCUAUUGAACAUCUGAGGAAGAAAAGUCUGGCAAUGUUACAGUUGGUGAUUGACAAAUUCUGUGUGGAAGGAAAAUAUAAGUUAUUCAGGUGCCUGCUGAAGACAAGUAAUCAUUCUGGUGUGGAGGGUUACAUCAUACACAACAUUAAGAAUCAGAUAGACGUAGCACUGAAGGCUGACACCCAAAACAGGUGGUUCUUAGGGACUCGACUGACCCCACUUCUACACAUGGUACUUUCACUUCCUGAAGGAGCAGAAACUGAUCUAUUGCAAAAUUCUGACAGAAUUAUGGCUUCCUCAACUUUCUGAGGUACUUGGUUAUCAAGGAUGAUGAAUUCAUUAAUGAAACUGGAGUAUGGACAGAACUACAAAAAACUGAACUGCAAUUUCUGAGACCUCUUCACACCGCGCUUAACAUGUCCAGAGCUCAUUAUGAAGCAGAGAUUAAAAACACAAAUGAGAAAAAGAAAGGGCCGCAUUCUAAGUCAGUGUGUUCGGUGACCGCUGGAGGGACCAAGUUACCUGACAUGACUCCUGAAAUGCAGCUUCAGGUUUUACAGUCAGCUCUUUUCACAUUCGAUUUAAUGGAAAGUGUCCUCGCCAGAGUUGAAGAGCUCAUUGAAGUGAAACUAAAAUCUGCACCAGAGGAGAAAAUUGGGUCAAGUAAAGAUGUUUAG